GAUGAAGAUGAUGAAGCGGCUGAGCGGCCGGCACGGACCGAGUGCAUAAUUAGCCUAUGUUAGUCAUAGAUUCUCACUUGCCUUGUCUAGUUUCUUGCCAAAUUUGCUGUUUAAUGUCGAGCGGUAAAGAAAACGAUUCGCUGUAACGGGUUUAGAAGAAGAAGAAGGAGGAGGAAGAGCGGAGAGAAGCAGUAACUGAAAGCAGUUGGGCAUCAAAUUGCGCCGGAUGUCAUUACACGGUUUUAAAUUUCCACGACAAUAAUCAGGACCAAAGCCACAGCCAUGGAGCUUGUAACACAUCUGGUGAAUGACACUGUAGAGUUUUACAAAUGGAGCCUUACUAUAGCAGACAAGAGGGUGGAGAACUGGCCGAUGAUGGCCUCUCCAUUUCCCACUGUGGCCCUCAGCUGCCUGUACCUGAUCUUCCUGUGGGCGGGGCCUAGAUUCAUGCAGGACCGCCAGCCCUACACACUCAGGAAGACCCUCAUAGUAUACAACUUCAGCAUGGUGGUACUCAACUUCUACAUCUUAAAAGAGCUUCUAUUAGCAUCUAGAGCAGCUGGGUACAGCUACCUCUGUCAGCCUGUUAACUACUCCAAUGAUGUCAAUGAAGUCAGGAUAGCCUCUGCUCUUUGGUGGUACUACAUGUCCAAAGGAAUAGAAUUCUUGGACACAGUCUUUUUCAUAAUGAGGAAGAAGUUCAACCAAGUCAGCUUUCUCCAUGUCUACCAUCACUGCACCAUGUUCAUUCUGUGGUGGAUCGGCAUCAAGUGGGUCCCCGGUGGACAAGCAUUUUUUGGCGCAACCAUCAACUCUUUCAUCCACGUCAUCAUGUACGGUUACUACGGCCUGGCAGCAUUGGGACCUCAGAUGCAGAAGUACCUCUGGUGGAAGAAAUACCUCACCAUUAUGCAGAUGAUCCAGUUCCACCUAACAAUCUGCCACGCCGGCUACUCCCUCUACACUGGCUGCCAGUUCCCCUACUGGAUGCAGUGGGCCCUGAUCGGCUACGCCGUGACCUUCAUCAUCCUCUUCGCCAACUUCUACUACCACGCAUACCGACGCAAACCUUCCUCCUCGCAGAAAGGCAAGGCCCUCGCCAAUGGUACCUCCACGGUAACUAACGGUCAUAGCAAAGCGGAGGAAGUGGAAGAUAACGGAAAGAGGCAAAAGAAAGGAAGAGCGAAAAGGGAGUAAAGAAGGAGCAGGGGCUUGCUUGGUGAUAAACAGAAAGAGGACAACUGUUUUAAGGGCCAGAGAAGGAGGAGAGGGGUAAACCAAGAGUCCAAGCCUGACGACCAUCACUGCAAAUAGAGUAGAUGGAUGUGAUUUGGGACCAACUUGAGAAGUGGAAUGGGUAGCAGUGUGUAUUUGUGAGUGUGUCUGUGAUGUGUUUUGGUUUUGAGAGGAACGAGAGGGGUGUUGUGUGUCUCUGUAGCAGUUUUUUUAAUUAAGAAAAGCAGAAUGCUGACCAUGUAGGAUCUGUGCUCUUCUGUCCAACCGUGUUUUGGACCAAAAUAGGACCAAACUAUCAAAGGACCUGCAACAUGCUCAGCAUCUACUAAUUUAUCAACCAAAAUUCACCUCCAACUUUUGUACUCUGGAAUCAAGUAUAGUUAUAACUCAAAGCUUAACUAGUCUUUAAUAUGCUAACUUAUGUUUUAGUGCUCUAAAAGAGUUUUAAGAAUUUAAUGAGUUGAACUGUUUUUUUGGGGGGGUGGGGUGGGGAGUUUUGUUUUUACACUUAGUUGAGUUGCUCACGGAUAGCAAACAAAUAAUGACAAUAAUGAUACAUCUGCCAUAUGCUGUAUUUAAAGACCUCGCAGUCACCCUCACCUUCGUACAACACAUCAUGGACUCUCUCAACACAUCUUUGCUCUCUCUAACGAAUAUAACUGCUGCAUUUACACAACCUGCUGUUUUCUUUGUGUUCGUUGUGAAUUAAAACUCUCACUUUGGGGAUAAAGCUGUAGUGUUUUGGUUUCUUUUUUUGUUUUUUGGAGUUUACGCAAAUUUGUGCUCACCUUUGUUGUAUUAAUUUUUGCAGGUCCUCACAAUUUAGUUCUUUUUGCUAUGUGCUGUAGCUAUUGUGCAGGCAUAAGAGAUUAAAGUUCAGCUCAGUAUUAUCUCACUGCCAUAUAGGACUGAUGGGAAGGUCAACCUGAAAGGAGCUUUUUUUUUUUAAGAAAAAGAUGGCCAUUUCAUUGUCUUAUUAAAACAAACGUGACACAGCUUCCUGCUGCACAUACAACUAAAUAAAGACAAUGUCAGUACCCCAUA